GAGACCAGCCUCUCAGGUGUCGAUGUAACUGGUAGCCAAUCGACACAAACCAGGAAGACGACGCGCACUUGAAUCGUCUUUCAGCUUUUGAGCAAUACGCGCGCACAACUGUACUUGACAACCGAACCUUUAGGGGGGGAAGGGCUCCAUAUAAAAGACUUUGCCACUUCGUUAAGUUGGCAUUACUACUUUCGGGCUUGUCAUCCAGAGUUAGGGACCUGCCGAUUUAAGGACAGACAGACGGACGAACGAACGGCAAGAGAACAGACGACAGCCCACCUGCCGGACUAAAAGCACGAUUUCUGGCGGGAAUUUGAAACCCGUUCAUAGCAGCAAGGCGAACACUUUAGGGUGCAACACAUAGGCAUGCCUAUUUUCAGGUGAUAGAGAAGAGAGAACACAGACCGCAGCGAGCACCUCUCACCCACCACCACACUACCACAGAAACUGCACCAGUACAGCACCAGAUAAUCAUGAAAACUGGACCAGCCAUUACCUGUUGCAUAAUCUACGUAUCCCUGGUACUGACCUGUGCUGCUCUACCUCGGGCUACAGAUUACAAGCUGUCGGGGAGCGGAAGUGCUCAGCGAACUGAGUUUGUGCCCGCAACGGCUGUUGGUGGAUCCUGGGACGGCGAUCUGGUCGGUGAGCCUAGCUGCGAUCAGCUGAGAGCCAUGUGGCGAUACUCAAAGCGACAAUCCCGUGCUACGGAAAUUACUAACGAAAUCCCCACAUACAGAGACCCAUUCGUAUACAAUGUGUGGGAACCAUACGCCAGACCACGGAGUGUUGGUGGCGGUCGAUCGCGAGGAAACGGUCGUUAUGUGUAUGGGCGGAUCGUGCAUUCCCCUCCGAGAUCAAGGUCACGAGAUAAUUCCCAAGAACGUAAUCGCGCCUACGAGGAAGUGGCUGCCCGUCUCAUCGGAGGAGGACAACAGGGAGCAAUCACUGGUGUCCCACCUCGCAAAGUCGCGUCGUUCAGAUUAUCAGGAGGGUCCAGCCAUCCUGUUGAACAAUUCCGACAUUACACGCCGCCAAUGGCUAGCAGUUUCGAGCAGGUGAAGGACUUGAUAAGACUGGAGAGGGCGCGGGAGCUGCAGGAACAACGCAUGGCCGAGGAGGCCGCUGCAAGAGCAGCUGCACUCAGAGGACUCACCGCUGACUCUUAUCAGGGACGAAUGAUUCACGUACCGCCGACCCAUCCAGGUGCCAACUUUGAGGCUGUUCGAUACGGGGAACCUAUCCACUAUGACCAUAACAUGCAUUUAGCCCAGAAGAAAGGAAGCCUGCUGGCAAUCCCUGACCUCCUGGCACCAACUGCGACCAAGUACGCAGAUCGGGAUGUUCAUCUGUACAACCACAGAUCCUACCCAGACGCAAUCCCAAGUACUAUGGAUGCAGAAAAUGGUUUUUUCCAUCACUAGUGAGCAACAUGCUGCCAGUUAAAUAUACAACUGGAUUUCACAUGAGUCACAGAAGGCCCUUCUGUUCUUAUUAAUCACUCCAAUUUUGGGAAAUAUGUAGGGCACUGCAAUCUCAGUCAACUUCUGCUCUGCAAAACCAUGUUGCAGGACUAGGUUACUCUUUAUGAAUUUUGUUCAUAACCUUCACAUGCAAAGGAAAUAUUUUGAGUAGCCAUCUCCUUGCUCUGAAACAGAUCUAAAGCAGUGUUGUGCAAUGCUAUAAAAUUAUGUUCUCAGUAUUUUAUACUCAAUAUAUUUUCAGUUAUAAGGAAGUAACAACUGAACCAACAUCAGUAUUGAAUAAUAUACUGAAUAUUUGACAAUAAAGUUUACAAAAACUUAUGCAAGAAACAGAUUAGUACACAGUAAGUUUAAAUUUAUGAGAAGGGAAAAACAAUAAAUGAUAUGUUUACACAAAGUAAUGUUACAAUGGACUUUGAAGAAAUCCAGUUUUUUUAAACAGGAUCAAUGACCCCCUUUACGAAUGAACAGAAGUUAUUAUUUAUUUUCAGAUUUAAAAUAAAUUAACUUUAUAAAAUAUUAUGUUAUUAAUUGCAGGACUGGCAACAAGAAUGUUACCAAUGACCUGUCAACAAACAACAAAGUGUUUUGAAGGCAGUCAAAUGAGUACCAGUAUUGAUGUUAUAUGUAGAGGAAAUUAAAUUAUAUUGUAAUUGGUUCAACUGUUUGCUUUUCAGUUUCUAUUGGACACACAAGUGAUAUACUAUGGAACCCCAUUUUGCUGAUUAAGAAGAGCAUUAUUUAUCCUGUUAACUUAACCUUUAAAGGCACUUAAGCACUGCAUUAAUACACUGUUGAAGAAAGACAACUUAAGCAUUGAUUGCUAUGGAUUUCAUUGCUCUGGUAUUCAAAUACCACCAUAUUAAAUUAACAUUUAUUAGACAUGUAAUUAUAUAAAUUCAAGAAACAAAAAUGUUAAAAUGUAUUUGUUCAGUUUCAUCCUAAUGCAUUUAUGAUAACAUAUAUCCAUACUAGAACCAGUCUGGUGUGGGAUUUCUUAUCAGUACUUUAAGAUUCUGAGUAGAAAUAACUGAAAAUCUAUUGGUGUAGUGUGUGACUUGCAAAUUCAUGUAUAUAAUUCAGAGCAUAGUUAAAAUGUCCAGAUAAACUCUUCAAAUAUUUUAUGAAGAUAUGAUCAAUGUAAGCAUUUAUCUGUCUUCAAGAAAGGUGUUAUUUCAAUUGUUAAAAUGGUAAUUGUUUGAAGCAAGAUACUCUUUCUCUAACAUAACUGCAAAUAUAAAAAUAAUACAACCAUAUUGGCACUAAAAAUGAUAUAUGAUUCAGUGAUUUUAUAUUCCACUUUUGCUCCCAUAUUCUGCACAUUUUGUAAUUUUCAAAAUAAAAUGUAUAAUUAAACAUUUCACGAAGAGUGGCACAGCCAUAUCUCAUCAAACAGUUUUAAACAUUUAGAACUUCAUUUUGAAUUUCAUUCCCUCUAAGACUGUUGUUUAAUAUGACUCUGCUUUUAAACUUUCUCAGUCAUACCAAGCAUGAGAAAACUGCAACAAAAACAUUACGCAUAUCACUAAUAGCCACGGUUCCCUUUUAGCCUGAGAGACAUUAAUGAAGGAAUAUACUCAGAUCAUUAAGUGCAUAUGGUUAUUAAUUCUGCUCACUCACUGAAUAACUUAAAGAAAAUUAUUAUUUAUAUGAACUCUGAUAUAUAUAAAAUUUUGACACAGAAAACAAUGUACCAAUUUCUGAUGUUAAAUAUUUCCUAACAAUGUAAGACAGAAUUUCCUAAUAUCAGUUACAUUAAGACUUCAUAAAAUUACAAAUUAAUGCAGUUAUCAUUAAAAUAAAAACACCAUUGCACAUUACAGCUGUUUUUUUUGCAACACUGUCACUUACAUAACGUUAGUAAUGCACAUGAAAUUAGUGUUAUGAAAAAAAUAUUCACAUUUAAAACAAUACAUAACUUCAUCUAAAAUUUCAUUUCUUGUCUUACAGCCUUCUCACAUUUAAAGGAACUUUUAUUUUAAUUCUCUCAUAUAAUCAUUUUAAUAUGUUACACAAAUAGUGACGGUGAUAAUGAGAAGAACAGAAACACAAAGUGUGACUGAAUACUUUAAUGAAACUAUUGGUUGUGUCAAGUACUAACAAGUACUAAUCUGUUUAAUCCAUCUCUCCUCCACGGUUGCUUUAGAAAAUGUCACACAGUUUUCUAAAGACUGAUAUGUGACACAUAGCACACAUUAGAUAUGUUGCUUCAAAAACUGUCCAGCAAAUCUCUCUCCUUUCAUCAUAUGUCUAUGUUGCAAGUAUGUAUGUCUGAAGACUAAUGACUUUCAUUCUGUUUCUUUCAUUCCCUUUUAUAUCUUCAUAUAGAAACAUAAACAUAAUGACAAUAAUGAAGACAAUAAUGAAAUUGUGACAAUAGUAAUAUACUUCUCCUACAAAUAUAUUCUCCAGUAACAUACAAAAAUGAGAAGUACAAUGUUUAUAUGUUGAAAGAACAGCACUGUUUCAAGCAAAAUGUUUUAUUUUGUAAAAAUUCUUCAAUCUGUUUUUUCAGUCUUAUGAUUAUGGAAUCCAAAAUCCAGAAAAUAAUCAAAAGGUGGAACUAUCAAAGCAGCCAAAUAAUCUAUAAUGGCGCUACAGAACAUAUGAAAAAAGUCUUAUAGUUUUGAGGCAUAUUUUGUAUCAAAGAAAUGUAAGAGUAAAAUUUAAGUUUCCUUCACUGUAAUCCACAAUCAUGAUUCUCUUUAAUAAUGGGAAGCAUUAUGAUUUGUAUUAUUUGCCAGGUAUUAUUAAGGUUAUCAAAUGAAGGAGGAUGAGACCAUCAUAAAUAAGUUAAACAUACAAUGAGAGACAGAGUAUAUACAAGAAAGAACACUCCAUGACACACAUGAGAGAUUAAAAUUGCAGGUACCACUGCUUAAGUACUCAAGAGCUGACAGGAUGACUGCAUUUAUGAUCCAAGAUAAACAUUAGUCAUUCUGAACAGUUACAACUCACUACUUAAUAAGUAUAACCUGAUAUUUUUGUCAGUUAAACCUCAUCUUUUUCAUGUAAUAUUGAUUUUAUAACUAAGGUUAUGUCACAGUAAUGAUACUGUUACAAAAUAAUAACAAUGAAGUUCACUGCACUAGCUGAUCCGAGCAAAUGCCAAUAAUUAAAUUGUUAUUAAUGAAAAUGUCAAUUAUUACCGUCGAUUAAUAGAAAUACAGAAAAAGAUUAUCAUAUUAAUCACAAGUGCUGAAGAAACAUAAUGUAACUGUUGAAUAAUUCAAAUAAAACAAUUUCUUCCAAUAUGUAGAAGUACAGUACUUUUGGAAACUAAAUCAGAAGUAUAAUAAGAGCUGAAAACUGAAAAUAAUUAUUUGAUUACAUCUUUAUCAAAUAAAAAAAAUAUUCCAUGUCCUCAGUCUAAAUCAAGAGUAAUUCUAGUAGAAAUAUUUUAUAUUUGACUGAAGAAUCAGAAUGUUGAAUUGCCUUACGGGUAAAAGGAAGAAAAAUUCUGGUAAAUUUGCUUAAUUAUUUCUAUUAAACUGAAAUUCUCUAUUGCCAAUAACAGUUAUGCUGAUAGAUAUAUAUUUUUGUGUUCCAGUUUCUCUUUCAAAAUGCAUUAUUAAAUUACAGAUAAUAAUUUAAGUGAUAAUAAACUACAAUAAUUAUAAUAAUUUUGGUUUCAAUACAUGAUUUACAAGAAUAAGGCAUAAUGUUUACUUAAAUAUUCACAGAGAAAAUAAAACUACAACAGAGUAUACAUAAGUUAUUUGAGACUAAAUAUUGUACCACUGAUCAUGCUGUACAUUAUCAGUGUUACAAACAGAUGAAUUUAUUAGACUGGCAGAAUCAAGAUCUCUUAAUUCUACUUCCCUGCCCAUAUCAUAAAAUGCAAGUCAGUCUAUACUAUUCUCCAUAAAUAAAGCAUCUUAAUUAAGUCUCAUAAAAUUAUAUAUUUUUCUUGCAUGGUUAAAAUACCUUUCAUAUGUUAUAUAUAACUUGACAGAUUGACAGAAAUCAAAGUCAAUAAAUAGUUUUUAUGUAAGAUGGACAACUUAAUUAAGAAAAAUUAAUUUUGUAUAGUUUAUUUACUAUAUGUGAUAUAUAUUAUACAUGUGUGGAGAAAAGUAUGUAUGAUUAUAGUGCUUAUAGACAGACAAACACACAUAUUCAUUAAAGUAAAUUGGUCUUAGUUACGGUACUAUUAGUGUUGUGGUUAUCAACUACACUACACAAUGAGCAUACUAAGAAAAUGUGCAGUUUGACUCAUUGUCUUGCGUUAUAAAAUAGAACAUGAUUAAUCCCUACAAAUGUAACAAAUCCCUUUAAAGGCUGAGGAUUUUUUGUGAUUAAUUUAUGCAGUUUUCACAGAUCAGUCUCUGAUUUAUAUAGUAACUAUGAAAUGGAUGACCAGGGUUUGAUUCCCAGCAACAGCAAAGAUUUUUCUCUUUGCCAUUGCAUCCAGACUGGUUCUUGGGCCCAUGCAGACUAGGCAGUAUCAUAGCCCAUUUUGCCUGGAAUAAUGAAGUUGACAACACACACAAAACCUAGUAUCAAGGUUAAGAAUGCAUGGAGCUUUAUCUCCACCGUGUGUCAUGUAAUUUAUUAUAAACCAUAUAUUAUUUCAUAACUGUUAUACAACAGACAAAAGUACUCAGCAUAAAAAUUAAACAUUAUGUUAACUGAGAGUUUUAUAGAAAUAAUUAUAUAAUUCUGUCACUUGUUCCAUAUGCAUGCUCUGAUACAUGAAUUUACAGAAUUCAAUAAGUACUGUGAUGUAUUGAAUUAUUUCACACCCACAGUCCUCAUAAAGACAACAUAAUUUUGUAAUAAAUGUGCAUGACAAGAAUCUAUCUGUAUGCAUGCCAAAGGACAAUAAGAUAGCCUUAUUACAUUACACCAUCCAAUGAGAGAACUUGUAAGAAGGAGUGUGUUCUAUGUUACUAAUGAAAAUAUAUUCAGUGGCUUCAAUUUAAUUUUUACAGUCUGUGUGUUACAACUUACAUGCAGUCCAGCCGGCCAUGCAUGGGACUACAAUACUGCUAAACCCUUACCCACAGAGUUAGAAUCUGACCAGCAGUUCCAUAGUAGGGGAUUUCCCAUAUCCCAUUUGAUAAAGGUUAAAAUAUCAUCUACUGUAAGUUUAUACAUAUGAGAACAAUAACUAAGAAAUAAUGUAUAAUUAUAAAACAAAAUAUUAUUGUGUUUAUAAUUACUUCAUGUGCUUGUCUUAUAACUAUUGACUUCCUAAUGAUAACCUAGAAUAUCAACAAAUCCAUAGAACAUAUUCUGCGUGAGAAUUAUUAAAAUCAUUCCAAAAUUUUCAUUACAAUGGUAAAAACACAUAGAGUACAUGAAACACAGAAGUAUAACCCUAUUAUUAUAAUGUGAGAAUAAUUAUAUACCGAGAAAAAGUCCAAUAUCAUGCCAAUAUAAUGUUUAAGACAGCAUUCCAUUGAACUAUUACAGAAGAAGUGUAAAAGCUCUAUCUUGAAAGUAAUGUCACAAAAAACACACAUGAGAAAAGCUUUCUGCCUUAGUGUCAUAUUUUUCCCACUUUGAUGAUGUGUGAUAUAGUAACAAAUAAUAAACAUAACUAUACACACAUAUAACAAGAUAAGAAAUGAACACACUCCUUCAUACAUUUCAAUUAACAAAAGAAAUCUUUAUCUUCCAAAGUUUUCAGGAAUUUGUACAUAUUUCCAUUUUUAAUGCUCUGCAAGGCAACACAUGAAAUGUCAUACUAAGUCAAAAAUGAACACUGACAAUAAAUGAGCAUUAAAUAUUGAAAUUAAUAUAGCAGAACAAUAAGUAACCCAAAUCACAUGGUAGUAUAAAAGUGCUGUAAUCACUGAAUAAUGUGUAAUCUGACAUACUAUAACAAAGUUCUAAGGAUUUAAGGAAGGAGAUGUAAAGAACUGCAUGAAAGAAAUGGUACUUGGAAUUAAAAGUCAAAUUGUUGGAUAAUUUUUUUGAUUAUACAUAGUAAAUAUUACAUGCAGAAAAUUGUCAUUCUAUGGAUGUGUAUCUCCAGUGACUUGUAUCUUUCCUGUAGUUAUGCCAACUAGUGCAAAUUCAAUGUAACAUAAAAUGUCUAUCAUUACAUUUAAUCAUUUAUUCUUAAAUUGAAAUAAUUGUGAUGUCACAUGUAAAAUUUGUGUACACUAAGGCUUAAAAUAAAAGAUAAGGAAAUGGGUGGUUAAGAAA